UAUCUUGGAAGGUUGCUUAAGCCUUAGAUCAUAUUAGCGUACGAACAAUAUAAUGCUAUUAGUGUUCGGCACAAAAAUUUUUGAUUAAAUUAUUUAAGCCAGCAAUUUGUCAAUUUUGAAGAAAAACGUUGUUAAAGCAGAGUUAGAUUUGUUCAACUACUGGCUGUUAAGCCUAACAACCUUUUCUGUAAAUAAAUGUAUUGAUAGACCAUUUUUCAUGAGAGUUUGAUUUUAAAGGGUUUGGUAAAAAUGCAUUAUUGUAUUUUUAUUUGCAUCUCUUGAAAUUCAUCUUUAAGAACGCAUCUCUACAAAUUCUAUUUUCAGGUUUUCUGCAACUGUUUGAAGGGGACAAGCCAUUGCUUUGGGUCAUGCAUCUUUGAAUACAAAUGUUUGAACCAAAUUGAAAUUGGAUUCUUUUAUUAUCCGCUUGAAAUAUCAAGCACUGCGACAAGAAGUCGUGCAACAUAAACUGCUUGACAUUGCUGGUCUGUCUGUGUCUUAUCUACUAGAUGUUGAUAAAUAGAAAUGAAUUUUAUCUUCUUAUGGUAAGAGCAAAAUACGUCACUCUUUAAAGCAACCAUUUGGAUAGGGAUUACUACAUUUUUUUAAAUGAAUUGAGCCACCAGUACAUUGAGAUGUCACUGUGCAUUGUCGAGUAAAAUUAUGCAACGUUUGAUAGACCGACAUCGGGUUUUUGUUUUUCUUAUACAGUACAUUUGAUUACCAUUCGAUUGACAGCUACAAAAUAUCCACGGGAACAAGAUCAUCGAAAUAAAGAUGAUAUUGAAUGAUUCAAGCAUCACACUUCCCCCGUCUUUUGAAUUUUUAUUUAAAAUAGGUUUCUAUUCAAACAUGCGCUGUCAUAUUGAACUUUUACUUCACUUGAAACUUCACUUCACUUCAAGUCAAACUCCCGAUCACUAGACACAUUUUCCACAGAGGAAGAUGACUCACACAUUGCUGUUGUCACCUCUACUUUUUGCACCAUUGUUCCAGAUGUCAUUGGUUUCUAGCCUGCAAGUUGAACUAGUAUGGUGGCACAGCCCGCCUUAUAUCUACAAAAACUCUACAGAACACGAUUACAGCAUUUUCACUGCUUUCAAACGUACCUCUGAGCAUGGAUGUCACGUCGGUAGCUUUUCAUAUGGACCAAAGUUCCAGAGCUAUGCAGAGUUUAUUAACCACGUGAAUGAAGUUGACAACAAAACGACCCAAAAAGACAAACUGAGGCUCUUUCUGCCAGCAUACCAAAACUCAAUCACAAAUAAAAAGUAUCUGUUUGGUGAGAUUGGGUUGGUAAAAUCACCUGGGAUGACACUCGUUGCUAAUCGCAUUUUGAAAUCCAGGCUUUAUACACUUGCCGUGAAGGGUUUUGAAAAUGCCAAAGCUUUUCUCGUGAUCAUGGUUUUAUUCAUGAUUGACUUUGGAAUCGUUAUUUGGAUAUGCGAGCGUCAUUUGCACAGAAGGAGUGGAGACUUCAGACCUGGCUUUGUAACUGGAGUUUGGGACGCCGUGUGGUGGGCGGCUGUGACAAUGACAACCGUUGGGUAUGGUGAUAAAACUCCAAAAAGCAAUCUAGGACGUUUCAUUGGGAUGCUGUGGUUGUUUAUGAGCGCUGCUCUUAUGGCAGGAUUUACUGCCCUGAUGACUAGCAGCUUGGAUGCCAACCCUGAGUUCGCCUCCCAACAGGUUGUCGUACUGAAUGACAGUGUCCAAUCUUUCUACGUUAACAACAAAAGAGGAACAAAAAUUGUGGUCAAUUCAUACGAGGAUGCCUUACAAAAAGCAGUUUCUCUAAGGGUUGUUGGUGCACUUCUUGAUACAAAUGUUGUGGCACAUUUCCAAGACGGACUUUUCGAGGGUGGCCUAGGAAUACAGCAGUCGAUUGACGAGGAGCAAAACGUCACCAUUUUGUACCUGCAAAGUGAAUUAAAGCAGAUAACAGGGGCAAAGGCAUACAUCGAAUGCUUAGAUAGGACGCUGCUAAAACAUGCUGAUGCAAUGAGACCUGUCUUAAAGGCGGAGCGCAUUGCUACUAUUUACGAAGUACUCACUGGAGUAGGCAUGUCUUUCAACAUAUUCUUUUACUUCUAUAUAUCAACGGGAGCACUGAUCUUCCUUGGAGUCCUUGUUGAGCUGUGGAGGGUCUACAGAAAGGCUAAUAAAGUGGCAAGUGCAGAAACACGAAGCGCCGUAGUGAAGCCCUGCGUGCAAUCGAAAGAGUCAGAGCAGCUCACACUUGUUCUCGAUGAACUAAAAUCAAUCAAAACUGCUUUGAAAGAUUUGGAGGCUGGAAGUGUGCGACUAAAGACCACUGCAUUCUGAUCUGAUCAGAUUAUCUUAGGGUAAAAUAUAAGGGUUUAUGCUACUAAUAUGUACAAAACAAGACGCAGUUUAAUGUAGACUGGAAAUGCUGAAUGAAGCCUGUACUCAAAUAUAUUCUCAGUGUAUACUGCUUUCUAGGAUGCCCUGGACUGUUCUAUCUAUUUAGUGGUAUUUUCUUCCGUGUAUCGAUUUUUAGCAUUAUUUGAACUGAGGAUCGCGUAUAACGUUUUUACUAUGUUAAUUUUGAAUCUGCAAGAUAUUUCAGUUACCGUGCCGUCAAAAAAUCUUAAAUUAAACACCAAUCAUGAUAGAAAACAUUGUUAUAAAAGGUAGAAGGCAUGUAGAAAGCUAGCCUGAGUUAGUAGGGUCUGGUUGUCCGGUUAUUAGGAAGUAAAAUUA